CGGUCGCUCGGCCGUGCCCUUGUCGCCAUGGCGGGCUACUGGGACGGCCCCGAGGGCGAGCACUGCGCGGAGCGGACCUGGCUCACCACGCGCGUGGGCGCGGCCGUGGGCCUGGUCGGGGCGGCGUAUCGGAUCAUCCUGCUGCGGCCCGGCUCGGCGCUGGCCGCCCUGCAGACGGCGGCGGCGGACAGUGUGACCAUGGCUACGCUGGGAGCUGUGUUUGGCUUAGGUACCUGCCUCAGUGCCCAAGUCCGGGAGGAACCACAUAGUCCUUUGGACUAUUUUGUUGGUGGCUGUGCAUCGGGAGCUGUCGUGGGAGCGAGAGCUCGCAGUUACUUCGCUGGCACCACGGCUUGUCUGGGGCUCGGAUUCACUGCGGCCCUCCUGAAGAUUGCAAACAUUGAGGGCUGGAGGCUGACGGGACCUCCCAAGCUGUAAAUGUCGCCUUUCCUCCCCGUGAGCUGGCUUCCUAAUGCUCUGUGUACCUAGGACGUUGUAUAAUAAAGGUUUGGUCAAACCAGCAGUUGUCACAA